AUGCUCAUCACAAACGAUGAAGAAUUGCUGAAGAUCGCCAAAUCCCAUCAAAUAAAGGCCAGCACUAUACAAGAUCUGCAAAAUGAUCUAUCUUUUGAUAAUAAUAUAAAUAAAUUAACCAAAAAUAAGGAAAAUCUCUUCCUACAAGAUGUUACAAUGUCGGAACCGCUGUCAUUAACCAAUUUACUUGAAAAUAAUAAUGAUUAUGAUGAAAAUGAUAAUAGUGAUGAUGAUAUAUCAUACAUAACAUCUGAUAUAGAUAAUCUUAACAUAACAAAUCCAAUAUUAAAUAUGAGAAGAAAGGAAAAAAAUACAUACAAAAUAAACAAAUCAAAUGAUAAUGACAUUACACAAUCAUCAUUAAAUAAUGACAUUAUUAAUGAACAGAAAAUGCAUAAUCAAGAAUUAAUGAUAAAAUCAUCAAGAGAAACAGAAAAUACGAAUCAUUAUAAUGAAAAAUCAAUUAAUUCUGAAUUGAAAUCAUUUUAUAAGAAUUAUGAUAUUGUUAAGAAUAAUCUUUGUUCAAGAUCAGAGGAAUUUGUUUGCUGUUUAGAUCAAAUUAUUGAGGGAUUCGUACAAAUAAUAUUACAGGAAAAACUACAAGAUGUCACAAAACCUAAGAUAUGGUUGAAGAAAGAAGGAUUAGAAAGUGUUAAAGAAAUUUAUAAAGAUGACAAAAAUAUUUGCAAUAUUAUUGAGAAGAUUAUUGACUUAUAUACAUCACUACAGGGAGAUAAAAACAUACAACCAUACGAUUUCAUGUCAUUAUUUGAAUGCUGGUAUCGAUUGAUUCAAGCUGUUGAGGAGAAAAAACCAAAUGAUGUAGGGAUACACGAGAUUAAACAUUAUCUUGAUAUAUUAAAAGAUAAUUUAUCACAAGCUAAUGAUGAUGAUGAUGAUGAUGAAGAACUUAUUAUACCAUCACCUCGCUCUGAGAAUGAAGAAACUUUUAGUGAUACAAAUGUUAAGGAUUACAAUGAAGAUAUGUCAGGAGAUAAAAGGGAAAACUUGAAAUGUAGAACUGAAAAAAUACACACACACAUGACUGAUGUUAUAGAAAAAUUGAAUAAGUCUAUGGUCAUGAAGUGUGUUGAACAAGCGAGUAUCCUAGAACAGUCUCUGAAACUAAUGCUGGCUCUCAUUAAUAAGGAGGAUGUAUCGGACAAAAAGGAACUUGUACAGCCUGUUAAUAUACAUGAAUAG